CUCCCCUGCAUUCUCUCCUCGUCUCCAUCCAGAGCAGGCAAAGAUCUCCACCAUGUCUUACUCUAGAAGCGUGAGCUACUCCAGCGUGGCCCGUCUGGGUUCCGGCAGAUCCCCCAGCGUGUACGGUGGUGCCGGAGGAGCCGGGGUCAGAAUCUCCAGCAUGAACGCUGCAAACACCUUCUCCUCCCGAGCAGGUGCAUCUGCUUCAUCCUCAGGAGGCUUCAACCUCGCCGAUGCCAUCGACAUCUCUGACAACAAGAAGAUGGCCAUGCAGAACCUGAACGACCGUCUGUCCACCUAUCUGGAGAAGGUGCGCAAGCUGGAGGCCGCCAACGCUGACCUGGAGCUGAAGAUCAGGCAGUUCCUGGAGAGCAAGACCAAACCCACAGGCCACGACUGCACUGCACACAUGGCCGUGAUCAGCAACCUGCAGGACCAGCUCUUCAUCGCCACCCGCUCAAAUGGAUCUCUGUACCUGGCAAUUGAUAACGCCAAGCUGGCUUCUGAUGACUUCAGGGUCAAGUACGAGAAUGAGCUGGCCAUGCGCCAGAGCGUGGAGGCUGACAUCACCGGGCUGAAGAGGGUCCUGGAUGAGCUGACACUGGGAAGAUCUGACCUGGAGAUGCAGAUCGAGGCUCUGAGGGAGGAGCUCAUCCAGCUCAAGAGGAACCAUGAGGAGGACCUUCUGGCUCUGAGGUCCCAGAUGAGUGGUCAGGUGAACGUGGAGGUGGACGCCGCUCCUCAGCAGGACCUGUCCGCCGUCAUGGCUGGAAUCAGAGAACACUACGAGACCGUCACCGCCAAGAACCGCAGAGACCUGGAGGCAUGGUUCCAGGCCAAGUCUGAAGACCUCAACAAGGAGGUUGCUGUAAGCACAGAGAUUCUUCAGACGUCACGCUCUGAGGUCACAGAGGUCAAACGCUCAAUGCAGAGUCUGGAGAUCGAGCUCCAAGCACAGCUCAGCAUGAAAGCGUCUCUGGAAGGAACCCUUGCCGACACCCAGGGCAGGUACGCCAGCAUGCUGGCAGGUUACCAGAGGCAGGUGACAGCUCUGGAGGAACAGCUGGCUCUGCUGAGGGGUGACCUCGAGCGUCAAGGACAAGAGUACCGGGUGCUGCUGGACACCAAGACCAGGCUGGAAAUUGAGAUUGCAGAGUACAGGAGGCUGCUGGAUGGAGAGCUGACCAGCACAACCACCACUACAACCCGUAAAGUGGUGAUUGUCACCCAAGAGAUCACCGAAGACGGAAAGGUCAUCUCUGAAUCUUAGUAGAUGAAGUCAAGCAAGAAACAUCCGUCAACAGAAGCUAACCGUUCUCAGAAUUAAACAAAUAAAACAUUUCUGAAGAACUGCC